ACACACACUUAUUUUGACGAUCGCGGUGAAGUGAAACUCUUCGGUUAGCAGGUCGAAAGCACACCGGGUACAUUCGAGUCACGAAUCCUUCAAACGUAUUUUAUCCUCGUAUUUUCUUCAAGAUAUCCGAGUGAUUUAGUUUCGAUUAUUAUUUCGAAGAAUCGUGAAGCGUUCUGAAAUGUUUCGUCUUUUCGGAAUAACCCGCGAUUUAAUCGACUCAACGAGUUCAACGUUCGGCCGAUCGGGCGUCAACUCGCCAGUGCCACCGGAUCGCGUCGCGAUUUCUCGUACUUUUUUUCUUUUCGAAAUAAUUCCGUUGAAAAAAGCGUAUAAUUGUAUUCGUUGCCCAUGGCCUCGAGAAUCAGCAGAACGAGACGACUUUACGUAACGCGUUAUUCCCGCGAUGACCGCGCAUAGAAAGUACAAACCUAAGGAGCGCGUCGCUAUUUUAUUAGCUUUGUUCAAAUAAUAACCGUUUUAUUGAUCGUCCAUUCCAAGUCGGAGAGCUUCGAAUCCCAAAGAAAACGUUACGUGCGACCGACCACCGUGCUUGCGGAAAGUUUUUGAGAGAGCUGAGCGCAGAGCGAGGUAUACUUUCGUAAGAUUUUUGGCCGAGAAUUUGAGGAAAAAAAUGAAAAUAAUCGAACGGAAAAGAGCUAAUGAGCGAGGCAAAGUGAUAUUCGGGGGAAUGCUGUGGAAGGCGAUGGUAGGGGAGUGAGGAACGGUACAUCUAACGCGGAGGAACCAUUCGAAACGGUAUACGCGAUCGUGUCCCCCACGAGAGAUUCGAGCAGUCUUGUUCGAGCCGCGACGAGUCACAAAGUAUCUUUUUUGUUGAUUCAGUCGUUCAAUUGGCGUAAGAGUGAUCGGAAGUGCGGCUGCGUAUCGAGAGUGCAGUUUUCAAGUUUUUUUCGAUUUUCUUCUUCCGAGAGAACUCGAAAUGUCGAAUUCGGGGAUGAGUAUCCGCAUCGCCCUCGGCCUGCUCCUGCUCGUUAUUCGUCCGGCAAGAAACGAAGCAGCGAGGACUUCCGGCCGCGGGCCCAUCCAGGACGCGAUUCAGAGCGGCGCAGCAGCCGAAUACAACAAAGACGAUUGCACUUGGAGGCGUGGAAACGAUCGCGACUCCUGCCCGGACCCGGAUGUCCACGUCUACCUCUAUACUCCGGGUCGACCGAAACGCCCCCUCGACUCCCGGCAAUCCGACUGGCUCCGCAAGGACUACGAACCUACCCGAGAAAAUAUUAUUCUCAUCCACGGCUACGCAGGCGGGGAUGACACGCUCCCGAUCUCGGUGCUGCGCGACGCUUACAUGAGAAACGGAAGUUACAACGUGUUCCUGGUCGACUGGGGAGGCUUGAGCGCAGCGCCGUGUUAUCCAGCCGCAGUGUCGAAUCUGCGGCCAGUCGCUCGUUGCUUGGCGGGGACAUUGACGGUGCUGCGGCACCUGGGCCUGCCGAUCGGAAGGACGACUUGCGUGGGUCACUCCCUGGGGGCGCACUUGUGCGGAAUAAUGGCGAAUUAUUUGCUCUUCCGAAUGCACAGGAUAGUCGGUUUGGACCCGGCGAGGCCGCUGGUCCGUCCGGGCCUGGUGAACCGUUUGGACAGCGGGGACGCCGAUUUCGUCGAGGUCAUUCACACGAACGCCGGUUACUACGGGGAGAUGGGUCGCGUCGGGCACGUCGACGUUUGCGUAAACGGGGGAAAGCUCCAGCCCUUCUGCGAGAACAGGCCGAACGACCAGCUGUGCAGUCACGUUUGGGCGGUUUGCUACAUGGCGCAGAGCGUCGAUGGAGGCGACAGGAAGAUGAUGGCGGAGCCCUGCUCGAGGCGCUGCCCCUCCGGACCCCGGAUCAGCCCCCGAGCGGGCGAAGUCCUCCUCGUCGGGCAGCACACGCCUGACCACGCUCGAGGAUCCUUUUGCUACACGAGCUACGAUCCACCUUAUUGUCCGAAGUACGACCCGGAUGGACGUGGCGACGAUAAGUGCUGCUUGUAGAAUCCAAACGCGGUGGGAGCGGCGGAGCCCGAGGGGGAGGAGAAGCAGGGAAAAAAGACGAGAGGAAACAACGUGACGGGACACUCGAGCCACCUCAUUCGUAUGCGAGGCGCGUGCACGCCUGCGAGUCUCGAUAGAAACACUCGUUUGGCAUCGGAAUCGGUAGCGAUCGACGCACCGUUAACCGAUCUCAAUAAAUUUAUUAUCUUCUUUUUAUACGCUCAUCUUUGAGUGCGUUAACGAAGCCUGUUACGUCGCACAACGGUCUCGUCGCCGAUGGACGAUCAUUUUCAUUCCUCUCAUCCGCUUAGUCGCUUCAAUCUGCCAUAUUUGUUGGCACCCUCAUUCGGAACGAGUGCCAUAAACUUGACAUUUGUAUUGAAUAUUUAUUAUUAUAGAAGAUUCUCCAUUAUUUGCCGAUUCUCACCGAAAGAAAUCACUGUUGCACGCGCUCCCGGGGGCUCGCGUUCGUCUGUUUUUUCAAGCGCAGUAAAACGCUGCAAAGACAGCUCUCAACUCGACGAUCACACUAAAUUGUACACCGGCGACUCGCGGCCCUUUAAAAAGUCUCGUUUCAAGAGCAAACGGCGAGGAGAGCAAGUCUGCGCGUCUGAAAAAACAGAGAAAUAUACAAGAGCACGGGAAAAUCGGAGGAGUCGAUGGAAAAGCAAAACACGUGUAGCUACUACUGCUAAUCGCUCGUUUCUGGCUCCCGCUCGGCCGCUCCUUUUUCCUCCCCCAGUUUCCUGUCUCCUGCCGUCACUUCAACCUCUUCGAGACUCUCGUCGCGUGUUUAUACCCUGUGUAUUAUACGUAUAACAAAAAAGACAGCCAGACAUCGCCACUCCAAAGGGCCUCGGGUGCGGAGAUCGAGCCACUAAAAUGCGAGAAACGAGUGGAGCCAAAGCUCCGAUAGAAAAAGUCCAAAAUUCAUUUAUCCGAAUAUUUAUUGUUACGAAAGUUCGUAUAAAAAUGAAAGGAAAAGUAUCUUAAAUAACGAUUCGAGGCUGACAGAAACGCCGAUUUCUUAACCACUAAAAUAGCGUUUUUAUGUGUAAACUAGAAAAAUAGAGGAAUAUUUUGAUGAA